AUGGCCUCAGCAGGCUCCGCAUCCGCUAUGAAUGCCUCCGCAGUUUCGCCAGAGCUUCAGAGGCCCAAUGUUAUCUCGGUGAAAGGAUUCAGAAUAAUCACUCAGAAGCUUCCUAUUUUGAAAGCCGAGCCAAUUGAGGAGAUGACGAAAAGGUUGGGUAUUGCGCCACCGGAAAUGAUCUUCGGCGAUAACUAUGUCACCGUCGAAUCUGAAAAGAAGGAUUGGGGCAUUACUUUCAAUGCGUUUGACGCGCUGGAUCGUGUAGACAAGACGGGCACCUCUAUGCUCAGAGUCGCGCAUUCAAAAGAAUGGCAGAAGAGCAGGGAGAAAGCCCAUGAAGGUAUCAAGGAGGUUGUCAAACCGUUUGAUUGGUCCUACACCACAGAUUAUAUGGGCACUGUUCAUCCCAACAGUCGUCCUUUUGAGACGACGACGAAGCCCAUACCUAUCGAGUUACUGAAGCGCCCAGAUCCGAUACUGUUCUUUGAUGAGGUCAUCCUGUAUGAAGAUGAACUGGCUGACAACGGCAUUGCUAUGCUGUCCUGCAAGAUUCGCGUAAUGCCAGACAGACUUCUCCUACUCUCAAGAUUUUUCAUGAGGCUCGAUAACGUACUCUUCCGGCUUCGAGAUACCAGAUUAUACGUCGACUUCGAGAGUAAGGAGGUCAUUAGAGAAUAUCAAUCUAGGGAAUGCGAUUACGAAACAAUCCGCCAGUCUCUAGCGACGACGAGAGACGAUGUCCCGGCAAUCAUGAGAGACCCAAACAGGCUCUCUGAGAUUCUCCCCAUCAUAGAAAAGCGCUUGGAAAAAGUGAAUCUGGAUGCAUAG